CCUGAGAUAUAAUUGAUUUAGCCAGUAACAGUAUCACCAUUUUAAAAUUUCAGGGUGUCUGUUUGCUUACUUGCACAACUUAUCGCUCAUCUUUACCAAAUUCCAAAUCGACACCAUUACCGGUGGUUGUAAAGCCGGCACGAAAACGAAAAUACAUUUGAAAAAACGAUGUCGUUCGACGGUUUUCCUCCGUUCAUCUCUGCUCAGCUGCAGUACCUCCUCAACAACUACACUCCGCCAAUCAAGGUAGAGCAGGUGUGGACAGGCAGCAAGAACUAUCCUACAAGCCUCGAUCGCUUUACGUUGCUCAUUCCUUACUGCCUAGAUUAUCUCAGAUGGAAUGUCGUAUACAAUGUAGAAUUUCCGUUAGCUGCUCCUGAUGUUAUAUUUGGACCUGAGGAAGGAGAUUUUCAUCGAUUUCAUUUGCUUAGCGGCGAGGGAGGUGAUUCAUGGUUAGUCAAGAACAGUUUGACUGACUGGAAUUACAAAGAUCCAACGCGGUUGUUGGCUCUCAUUCAUGAACUGAGGGAUAGUUACAUGUCGUAUCAGAAGAAGCGUGUUGAAGAAGUUGAUGACGAUCGGUUGAAGUUUGAAACUAGCACUAUAGUGUCUAGGGAGGGGAUUGAAAUGCAUAUGAGUUCAGGUUUUGAAAAGCCAGAGGAAGUCAAAUUUGCAGUGCCUUUAAUGGAUAUGAAUAUAAAUAAAAUGGUACAUGCAUGUCCCUGGAGACAUCCACAGAAGAUAUACUUACAGGUUAUAUAUCCUGUUGGUAGGAAAUAUGUCUCUGCUCCUUCAGCACCUCGUCUAAAAUUAAUCUCCACUGUUGAAUUGAAAGCUCUGUUUCCAAUCGACGAUGUCAAACUUCCUCCAUGGUUGGAUGGGAUGUGCAUGGCUGAGUAUCUUCCCAAUCUAGAAGAACUCUUGCAGAGACAGGUCUUAGAGGCAGUUUCAUUAAUAGAUGUGAGGAGGCACUUUAUUGAAGCAUUAGCCCCACUUCUUGGAAGGCCAGUAGAAGCUGAUCCAGUUUUUUGUAAAAAGGCUACAUUUCUUGCUGCUUCUGGACCAUUUACAUUCCUGGUGCAUUUUUACCUUUCGGCUCAGUUUCCUAAGCAACAACCAUCUCUGAUGCUUCAAAGUACUCAGCAUUUCAACACUCUUGGCACACCAGUGAAGUCACCUCUUCUGGCUGAUUAUCCAUGGAGUCCAAGAUGGGAAGUAUCACAAAUGGCAGAGCGGAUUUCUGACUUAUUGGUGGACGAGUCCUUAAACUUUAAAAGGUACUGCAACGAACCCCUGCCACAACACUAAAGCAUGCUCAGAGAAGCUCACUGUACACUGCCCCAUCGAAGCUGUAUAAUCCUGCCUCGCUGAAACAUUUUGUUGGUGAUCUUCAUUACAAUUGACGGAUGAUCCUCGUUUAUUCUAAUUCGUUUGAUGUCUGAUUACCUUUUUGUCCAUAGAGCAUUUCUUACGCUUGUUAUACUUGUAUUUCAUGUAUGGGUUUAAUAUGUAGCAAGUACUAUGAAGCAUGAACCCCUCGUACAAGGUUUUUUUUUUUUUUUUGCUUAGAUUGGGUCUUUAUGGAUGAUCUGAACCCCGCUACCCUUAAAUGUUGAAAUUUACUGAUGUAAGGGCUGUGUACUAUAUAUCCGGUCGGGAAUUUUUCUGAAA